AUGUCUGUUAAAAUAUUCUACGACGUACUGUCGCAGCCUGCGAGGUCGGUGUUGAUGUUUGUGAGAGCAAACAAGAUCCCAUACACUCCAUGUCCAAUAGCCAUACGAAAAAGUGAGCACCAAUCCAAGGAGUAUGCAGCCGUCAGUCCAAUGAUGAAGAUUCCGGCUAUGCAAGACGGAGAGUUCAAACUCACAGAGAGUGCAACCAUCACAAAGUAUCUUCAUGAAAAGUUUGACUGUGCGGAUCACUGGUUUCCCAAGAGCCUUCAGCAGAGGUCAAGGAUCAAUGAAUAUUUGGAUUGGCAGCAUUUCAAUAUGAGAGCUCGUGUAUAUAAUGUAUUUUGCGCAGAAGUGAGUCAAAUAUCAAAUUGCGUGCAAUUUCAGUGA